AAAAAAUUCACGUUUACAGCCACUGAGAAAGAAUGUUGUUUCAAUGCUGGUUGAAACAAAUAAAUUCACCGUGUUCGAUUUAUUCGUACGAAACGUGAUCGCGAUUGCAAUUCAAACGAGGGCCAAGCGUCCAAAGAAUAUCUUCCAUAAAACAUUAAACUAUCUUAACAUUCGAAAUCGUUCGCUUUACAUUCGGAAGCGUGUAUAAAAACAGAAAGUUCUAAUUUUGUAUUAAAGUCGUGCAGUGUAGUUCGAAUUUUAAAAGGGACACGCGACGACCUUACAGCAUCAGAGUGGGGAAGUUGGACUUUUUUUCUUUUCACGAUUCAUGGCAGUCAGUUGGGAACAGGACGAGGAUACCAUCGUUUCGUCUCAUGCGCCUGCUUCACCUUGGCAUUCGUAUAGUUGUCGCUCACGCAUAGUAACCACUUUAAUCAUAAUUCUAUUUUAUCGUAUAUAACUUAUUCGCAUUUCUUAAAAUAUUAAAUUGUCUCUAUAAAACUAACAAAGUUCCAUUUCACGCGUAUGGUAAUUAGUAUUAUCUUUGAGGUGAGAUACCAUCAAGGUUUGCGUCGUGCACGAUUUUAACAAUGGAAUUGAUGAAAUCGAUUACGAGAAGGUAUUCUACGAUAUUAGCGAUCGAUGUAACAAGUUCGAUCGGUCUCGCUUACGCGUGGAACAGAGGACACAAGUAUCUGGCAUCGACGAUAUCUCUAUGCUGCAUUGGUGGAACCUACCUGUAUCGGCGCAUGAUGUCUCGCGAUAGAAUAUCGACGAAUCAUGCCAUCGUAGUCACUGGCUGCGACUCAGGGCUGGGAUAUAGUUUAGCUCUGCAUUGCCGGCAACUCGGCGCGACUGUAAUUGCUGGUGUAUUGCAGAACGACGGUCAAGGGGCUAAGAAUUUGAAGGAGAAUGACGUACACGUUUAUCCUCUCGACGUCACAAAAACCAACAGCGUCGUAAAUUUCGUCGAUUCCGUUCGAGCGGUCUUAACGCAGGACAAAUUAGUAUUACGGUGUUUGAUCAAUAACGCCGCGGUGAUGAUAUUCGGCGAAUUCGAAUGGCAAACAGAGGAUCAAAUCAGGUAUCAAGUGGAAGUCAACUUCCUUGGCGCUAUGAGAAUCACUCGAGAACUGAUGCCGAUGAUCCGCGCGCACUCUAGCAGGAUUAUCAUAAUCUCUAGCCACUGCGACAUACAACCAAUUCCUGGAGUGGCAGCUUACAGCGGGACUAAAGCUGCGAUUACUGCCUGGGCCACAGCCAUUAGAGUAGAACUGAAGAAGUAUGGCGUAAAGGUCGUUUGCUUCGUCCCUGGUUCUUUCGUUACGGAAAGCAAUAUAUUAGCGCGACAAGCCGAACAUUUCGAAACGAUGAGGAAUUCGAUGGCAGACGAAGCGAAAGUUUUUUACGCCGAUUACUUUGCUAGAUACUCCGAAUAUUUCGGGUCCGUGGCGCCGAGAGGGGAGUUAAAGAAACUGCAGGACCAGCGUAUGUACGAGGUCUUCGAAGAUGCCCUCCUCGACAAGCAUCCAUCAGCGAUUUACAAGCACGAGUCAUGGAGAUACUGCAUCUAUCACACGUUGUUUUUGGCCACGCCGACACGCGUGCGAGAUUGGCUGGUCCAGAAAUUCGUGCAAGGACCGUCUUGGACGAAGAAAGCUGUCCAAACACCAAAUGGAAAGGAGACGUGAAAGAAAUGCAAGAACAACCGAUACAUUUCUGUCUAUUAAAGAAUUCUUUUCGGUUAAGAUAAACGUAACAAAUGAUAUUUUUUUUGAUAAUAGAAUGUAAGUUUAUUAAAUAAAGAAAUAGUUUUAUUCUGAUAGAAGUUUAUCAUAUUAUUACACGUGUAA